GGAUCAACCUGGUGAUGGAGGGUGCUGGGAUUAGCUUUUCGGUUAGUUUCGCUCCUUUCUCUUUGUAUGCAGAAAAGGGGGCGAUGAUGAUUCGCUGAGAGUCUCGCUGAACCCAUGAGGAGCACCCACCCCCCUCACCCGUCCAAGCCCGCCCAGCUCGACGACCUCGAACCCGACCCCACUCGACCGGCCCAGCACCUCCCUCUCUCCACCGCCGGCACUCUCCGCAAGAAGGGGACCGGCGUCCGGGCAUGGCUGCUCCUGGACUCGACCGGCCAGGCCCAGGUCGUGGAGGCCGGCAAGCACGCCAUCAUGCGCCGGACGGGCCUCCCCGCCCGCGAUCUUCGCAUCUUGGACCCGCUUCUCUCGUACCCGUCCACGAUCCUCGGUCGUGAGAGGGCCAUCGUCAUCAAUUUGGAGCAUAUAAAGGCCAUCAUCACUGCGCAGGAGGUCUUGCUGCUCAAUUCGAGAGACCCUUCUGUGACGCCUUUUGUGGAGGAGCUCCAGAGGCGGCUCGCGCGUCAUUUCCACGCUACCACCAAAGCCCAGGAAGGGAAUGCUGAUGAUUCGAGAUGGACUAAUUUGUAUGAUUUAGAAGAGCCGCAAUCGAGGGCUGUCAGCCCUGGAAAUUCUCCUGUGGGCUUUUCACAAUUAGAUGGUCAAGAAGAAGAAGAAGCCAAGAUGGAUGUGAAACAAGCCCUUGAGAAUCGAGAGGGGCUGAAACUUCCUCCAUUUGAGUUUGUUGCACUGGAGGCAUGCUUGGAGGCUGCUUGCAGCUGCUUGGAAAUUGAAGCGAGGACAUUGGAGCUGGAGGCUCAUCCAGCUUUAGAUAAGCUCACUUCAAAAAUUAGUACUCUCAAUUUGGAGCGAGUUCGUCAAAUUAAAAGUCGCUUGGUCACCAUAACUGGACGUGUUCAAAAGGUGAGGGAUGAACUGGAACACCUUCUUGAUGAUGAUGACGAUAUGGCUGAGAUGUACUUGACGGACAAGUUGGUUCAACAACAGCUUGAAAGUUCUUCGGCUUCCUCGACAAAUGAGAAAGAAGGAAUUGAUGAUAAAGAAGGAAUGGAUGAUGAAGUUCUUGAAUCUGAAAUAGAGGAUAGGGUUCCUGCUGAGAUUUCUUUUGAUGCUAAUGGAAGUUCCACCUAUGAGGGUGAUAUUCCAAACGUUGUGAAUCCCCGAGAUCAUUUGUUUGGCGCCCCUAAUGCGCUUAGUAGAGACGGCCAUGGAACACGUGCCAGUACCAUUCAUAGUGCCAUAAGCAAGCAUCUUGAUGUGGAGGAGCUGGAGAUGCUGUUAGAGGCUUACUUUGUGCAGAUUGAUGGUACAUUAAACAAAUUAUCUACGCUGAGGGAGUAUGUCGAUGACACAGAGGACUACAUCAACAUAAUGUUGGAUGACAAACAGAACCAUCUGCUGCAAAUGGGGGUUGUGUUGACAACUGCAACCCUAGUUGUGAGUGCUUUUGUGGUUGUGGCGGGAGUUUUUGGCAUGAACAUCACUAUUGAGCUGUUUGACAAAGAGAAAACAGGUCCGGAAGCAUUCCUUUGGACUGUCGGCGGUGGUGCCACAGGCAGCCUAUUCCUUUAUAUCAUUGCUAUUGCUUGGUGCAAGCACAAGCGAUUGCUGGAAUGACACUCCCUCUAUUGCUGCCCCCACCCAAAUAACAGUCAUUAAGUGCGGUACUACAAGACGACAAUAUCCGGUUGUGUAUUAGCAAUGUUGCGCUUAUGCGAAUAGACCCUGUUACCAGUCAAGCGUGUUGCUGCUUCAUUGAGUACUUUGUCAAAACUUAUUGUCGUUAAUACUUCAUUAAUGGCUCUC